UAUUCCCUCAGUAUUCGUCAAAACCUCGUGGCUCAUUGUAUAUCAAUUUAAAUAUAUAAAACUCGUGAAAUGCAAACACCUUAAUUAAUUUACUUAAAUUCUCACAUUUUUUUUUCCUUUUUUUCAAAAAAAAAAAAUAAAUAAAAAUUUUUUUUUCAUUUCAAAAAUUCACAAGAAUGACAAGUUUAAAAAAAUAUGUUUUUAUUGUCAUUCUCAUCAUUAGCGCCACAAUUCUAGCAGCGACAGGGGCGAGAAUUGUACGUGACAUUUCAAAAGAGAAAGACGAUAACUCUUUAGAUACAAAUACGGACUCCCUACGUCUUGUCACACUCGUUCUUCGACAUGGAGAUCGAACACCUCAAGACACUUAUCCCAACGAUCCUUAUAUUAACGAUUCUUUUGAACCUUACGGAUGGGGACAAUUAACUAACAAAGGACGAUUGAAUCAGUACAAUCAGGGAGUUUAUCUACGCGAGCGUUAUGGGAAAUUUUUGCAAUCAAAAUACAGUCCCGAUAUAUUUUGGUUACAAAGUACAGCGCCGGAUCGCGCCAAAAUGUCAGCAUUAUUAGAAGCCGCGGGUCUUUGGAAACCAGACGAAAAGCAAACUUUCAAAACUGGUUUUCCAUGGCAACCAGUGGCCUUGCAUUAUCAAACGGACAACGACACGCUCCUCUUAAUCUGGUCAAGUUGUCCGGAUUAUCCUCGUCUUCACAGUAUCAUUUCAAAUUCCAAAGAAAUCAAAGAAAUUGAAUCGAAAAAUUCCCAACUCUUUCAAGAAUUAAGCAAACAUUCAGGAAUGAAAAUUUCCAAUGGCGAUGAUAUUUUUUCCCUCUACGGAACAUUGGAGGCCGAGGAAAAUAUGGGACUGAAAUUGCCGGAAUGGACAAAAGAAUUCUUUCCUGAUAAAUUAACAGAAUUGAGUAAAUUAAGUUUGUCGUUGAAUGUUUAUAAUGAAACGUUGAGACAAAUGAAGAGCGGCCCGUUAGUAUCGAAAAUAGCGCGAGCAAUGAAGGAAAAAACGGAGGGUAAAUUAAUGCCAAAGGAGAGAAAAAUGUUUAUGUACGUUGGUCAUGAUUCGACAAUUGUUGCAAUAUUGGCGGGACUGAAUCUUUGGCAGAGGGAAAUUCCCGGCUACAGUAAUAUGGUUAUGAUUGAAUUACACGAGGACAGUAACGGUUGGAAUGUUCAGGUAUUCCUUAAAGAUUCAACAACAAAACCGCCGCGACCCUUGACGAUACCCGGAUGCUCUCGCGCCUGUCCUUUAGAGCAAUUUGAGUCAUUGAUGAAACCAAUGCUCAUGACCACGAGCGAAUGGUCGGAACUGUGUCAAUUAAAGGAUCCAAAUUGGGUACCGGGAAAAAUUCCAUUACCUUGAAAAUUCUUCCCCACGGAGGGAAAAAAAAUUAGAAACAAUUAUUAGAACUUUACAUCUCUUAAUAUUAAUUAAUUAGUCAAUUAAUUAUUAAUUUUAACCAAUUGAUUAAUUAAUUAAUUAACCAAUUAAAUAAUUAAUUAA